UGUAUCGAUAUCUUUUUUGGGGUCGGACGCGGGACACCCACGCGGUCAUCGUCUAUUUAUUCCCCAUCUCGUCGUCUUUUUCCACCCUAUUUCUUCUCGAACCCUAGACUUUUUGCAACGCGCUCUCUGUUCACAAAUUCCCUUCGUCGAUCAUCUCUUUCGAGUAAUUUCCUUCAUCGAGAGAGGAGAGCGAAGAGAGAAUGACUCGCGGCAACCAGAGGGAUCGCGAUCGUGAGAGGUCCCAGGCUCGGAAGCCCCAGGCGAAGGGAAGAAACGAUGGCCUGACUCCCGAGCAGCGCCGUGAAAGGGAUAAGAAAGCGCUGGAGGAGAAGGCGGCGAAGAAGGCGGCGCAGGAUGCUGCUGGCGCAGCGGCGGCGGACUCGAAAAAUAAAGGCAAUGCUAAGAAGUAGUGGAGGGAGGCGGUCUGGCAGAUGUAAUCCCUGGAGACAUCUUUAGAUGUGGUGCUACACUAUUGCGCAGGGCUAUUACUUGUUUAACCAACAUGUUUCAGAACUUGAUAAGUUGUGCCAUGUUUACAGUCAGAUGUGACCUUGGAGUCCGACUAGCCUCAGUCUCAAGUACUGUGAGCCAUUUGCUGACUAUCCUUGAAUAGGUCCUCUUCUUUGCUUGUUACCAGCCCAGCUUUGCUUAGGUUGAUUUAUUUGGAUACAUAUCUAAAGGCUGGCAUUUGUAGUUUUUAAUUCUUAAAUGAUAUCCAUACAAACUACCUUAGCUUAUUUCAUGAUGUAUUAUUCAUUGUAAUUGUUAAAUGAAUAAGUACUUUACCUUUUGACAUCAGGUGUUCAUGUUGAAGUUGGAGUGCAUUACGGAAAUAAAUGUAUUGAUAUUUAGGUUUAGUUAUGUAUGCUACUUGUUUGUUUGUGUGCAAAUUUGCAGAGCUUGUUUAGUUUUAAAGCAAUAGGGCAUGAGAUUUUUAACUACAUGGCUUCAUAGCAAUUUUUUUUGUAUUUCAUCUGUCAAACUAAGUUUCUUUAACUACUACUGACAAUUGGAUAGCGUAUUUAUUGACUUAUAACCCUUUGUAUAGAACGUACAUAAGCAUGUGGCUGCUUUUGGUUUCAUGACACCUUUGAUUUGACUCUAGGCCUACAGAUCGGAGUCAUUCUGAGUUGUUACAGUAUGUAGACGUUCAGUGCAGAAACCAUUCCAGAAUUUCUGCAACUUGCUAAUUUCAACGUCGCAGCAAAUGAUUCAAAUUCGGUCAGGAGCUCCAUUUUUGAAAGUAGAACCCAAUGCUAAUCCCUUCUCCGAGCAGUCUUUUUGUAGAUUAUAUUGACGUGUUUUGCCCAUUCUAAUCUUUUUGUUGGUGUGUAGUUGUCUCUCCCACGUCUGAUUUGAAGGAUGAAUAAACUCUGGUCUGUUUUUAUUCUGGUCUGUUUGCUAGGGGGCUCCUAUGGGAACCAUGUCUUUUUUUGUUGUUUUGUUUUAUUUUGUUUUGCUUUUUUCGUUUCUUUGGCAAAUACUGAAUACCGCCAAAUACUGAAUAUACAUCCGGUUUCC